AUGAAUGGAUGGAUUGGAUGGCCUGACGGUUCAGCCUCAGAAACCACCGCAUCUCUUGCUUGUCCUGCAAAAUUUAAAAUCCCCAAUUUCAUCUUUCCCAACUUCUCUUUCCCUCUUUUUCUCUACUUCUUUUUCCUCUCUCCAUCGCUCUUCUUCUCCUCAUCCUUAUCUCUUAUCUUUCUUCCCCUCUUCUCCCAUAAUCUCCUCUCUUUUUCUGAUCUCCCCUGCAUAAAAGUAAUUUACAUCCCCUUAUCUUCAUCUUCCAAAAUGGCCACCACCAACGAAUUCCCCGCUAGCGAUGUCAACAGCUACGACUAUGUCAUCGUCGGAGGUGGCACAGCUGGCUGUGUCAUCGCCAGUCGUCUGGCUGAAUACCUGCCCAACAAGCGCAUCCUCAUCAUCGAGGGUGGCCCCAGCGACUUCAUGGAUGAUCGCGUGCUCAAGCUGAAGGAGUGGCUCAACCUGCUUGGCGGCGAGUUGGACUACGACUACCCCACCGUUGAACAGCCCAUGGGUAACAGCCACAUCCGUCACUCCCGCGCGAAGGUUCUGGGCGGUUGCUCCAGCCACAACACACUGAUCUCUUUCCGUCCCUUCGAAUACGACUGCAAGAGAUGGGAGCAGGCCGGCUGCACUGGCUGGUCUUUCGAGACCUUCACUCGCGUUCUGGACAACCUGCGCAACACCGUUCAGCCCGUCCACAACCGCCACCGCAACCAGCUGUGCAAGGACUGGGUUCAGGCUUGCUCAUCCGCCAUGAACAUCCCCGUUAUCGAAGACUUCAACAAGGAGAUCCGCUCCAAGGGUGAACUGACCGAGGGUGUUGGUUUCUUCUCCGUCUCUUACAACCCCGAUGACGGUCGUCGCAGCAGCGCCAGUGUCGCUUAUAUCCACCCCAUCCUUCGUGGCGAGGAGAAGCGUCCUAACCUGACUAUCCUCACCAAUGCCUGGGUUUCCCGCGUCAAUGUUGACGGAGACUCUGUGACCGGUGUUGAUGUGACCCUGCAGUCGGGCGCCAAGCACACCCUGCGCGCCAAGAAGGAGACCAUCCUGUGCGCUGGUGCCGUUGACACCCCCCGCCUUAUGAUGCUGUCUGGCCUGGGACCUCGCGAACAGCUGUCUGGCCUGGGAAUUCCCGUUGUGAAGGAUAUCCCCGGUGUGGGUGAGAACCUCCUCGACCAUCCCGAGAGUAUCAUCAUCUGGGAGCUCAACCGCCCCGUUCCCCCCAACCAGACCACCAUGGACUCUGACGCUGGUAUCUUCCUGCGUCGUGAGCUUCCCAACGCCAAUGGCUUCGACGGCCGUGCUGCCGACAUCAUGAUGCACUGCUACCAGAUCCCCUUCUGCUUGAACACCGAGCGUCUGGGUUACGACACUCCGGUCGAUGCCUUCUGCAUGACCCCCAACAUCCCUCGUCCUCGCUCCCGCGGUCGUAUCUACCUGACCUCGGCCGACCCCAGCGUCAAGCCGGCCCUGGACUUCCGUUACUUCACUGACCCCGAGGGCUAUGAUGCCGCUACCAUCGUGGCUGGUCUCAAGGCGGCUCGUGAGGUUGCCAAGCAGUCGCCCUUCAAGGAUUGGAUCAAGCGUGAGGUUGCCCCCGGCCCCAACGUGCAGACCGACGAGGAGCUCUCCGAGUAUGGUCGUCGUGUUGCCCACACCGUCUACCACCCCGCUGGUACUACCAAGAUGGGUAACUUGACUCGCGACCCCAUGGCCGUCGUCGACCCCAAGCUGAAGGUCCGUGGCCUGAAGAACGUUCGUAUCGCCGAUGCCGGUGUCUUCCCUGAGAUGCCCACUAUCAACCCCAUGUUGACUGUGUUGGCCAUUGGCGAGCGUGCUGCGGAGCUCAUCGCCGAAGAGGCCGGAUGGAAGCGCGAGCAGCCCCGUCUGUAA